GCUUCUGCACCUGUUACACCAGCUGCUGCAUGCCCCUGCGCGGCGAAUAAUGGAUCAUCGUCGUGGUGACCGCCAUUCUCCCCUGGCCAAGGUGAGCCUCUGCGCCCUGACGUUCAACACCGCCGUGGCCGCCUACAGGUCGCGCGGCGACCCGAGCUCGGUCGCGUUCGUGGCGCUCGCCUACGCAGCGCUGCUGCUGCUCUUCCAUUUCCUACGCAAGUUCGAGCGCGUGCCACCUGCGGACAGGGGCAAGGUGAAGGCGGCGGUCUGGGCGCUCUCGACGCUGCUUACCGCGAUGUUUGCAUCGCGGGUGGCUCCUCUGAUGCCGCCGCUCGUCGGCGUCGCGGUCUGGGCGAUGGCCGCCGUGACGGCCGGCGGUGGGUACUGGGCGUUGUUUGUCAACCACUGAGGCGUGACCGACCGACUCCAGUUUCAUUGUGUCAGAGUCCCGGCUCGCAGAGCAGCAGUGUAGAUGCUGCAGUUGGUAUCGUUGCCGACUGAGAUGAAUUCGUUGGUUACGCCCAUGAUUUGGCUUUUUUCGGCUUUUCUAUACAUCUUCAGAGACUUGCAAUGAAUUUUGCUUAUUUAUCGAAGUUGUGUCUUGAUUUGAGACUCAA